UGAGACGCAACAGUCGUUUCGGAGACGGUAGAGAGGAAUAUUCAAUUGCAAAUUCAGUUUCUACGAAUGAAGUUAUUAUGAAGUUCAAGUUUGUUUUUCCAGUGCUUUGUACGUUAGGUUUGGUCGUGUCAGUGAGUUAUGGAAUGCUAUUGCCGGAAGUGAGGCAGAGAGCUGCAGUAAAUCCGCUGGAAGAAAGCGAUGUCUUCAUCCCUUAUCAGGGGGAGCGAUUUAACGUGUUUGAUUGGAAUUUAUGGAAGUUGAUGGCACAAAAGUACAGAGGAAAUAUCCUGAUAUCCCCAUUAUCCCUGAAAGUUGCGUUAGUUUUGCUGUGGGAAGGUGCUCAAGAACAAACUGCGCAGGAAUUGGCGGCAACUCUACAACUUCCAAGUGGACGUUGGGCUCCUAGAGAUCAAUUUUCUCUUAUUAUUCGUUCACUACAGCCACUUGCUGGUGAAUUCCAACUCAAAUUUGGAACGAGGAUUUACCUGGAUAAUUCUAUUUCAUUGAAGCAGAGCUACGCGUCAGUCAUAAAAACAUUCUACUCAACAGACAUAGUUCCUUGUAACUUCACAGACGUAGUUGCAGUUACUCAGGGCAUUAAUUCGUGGGCGAAAAAUUUGACCAAUGGACACAUUGAAAAAAUGAUUGAGGAUGAACAUAGUUUGAAGCAUUCGGUUAUGCUCGUGAUGAACAUCCUCUUCUUCAAGGGCCUCUGGUUAAACAAUAAUUUCGCGGUUCAUGAAACCAAACUGGGAAAAUUCUACGAGUCCCCAGGGAAAACUAUCGAUGUACCUUUCAUGACUGCUAUUGGACAAUUUUAUUACGUAGAAUCAGCAGACCUCGAUGCAAAAAUCCUAAGAAUUCCUUACAGGGGUCGAAAAAUAGCAAUGUACAUUGUUCUGCCAAGGACCCGGGACGGUCUUGACACGUUAAUUAGGAACAUCAGUCCAUAUAUUUUAACAAGCCACGUGUGGGUAAUGCAGAGAUUGCCGGUGGAAGUCAAACUCCCAAAAUUCAAAUUUGAUUAUGCAAGCCACAUGGAACCUGUUCUACGUGAGAUGGGAAUUAAGGAUAUCUUCGCAAAUACCGCGACGUUGACGGGAAUUGCUAAGGCUAAGAGGGGAGCUGCUGAGCUACUGGUAUCGGAGAUUGUGCAGAAGGCUGGAAUUGAAGUUAAUGAGGAAGGAACUAGUGCUUAUGUAGCUACAGAGAUAAAUCUAGGAAACAAAGUAGCAGACCAAGAGUUCAUCGCCAGCCAUCCCUUCCUUUUCUACAUCGAGGACGAAAUAACAGGAACAAUAUUGUAUAUGGGUCGAAUGGAGAAUCCAUUACAAACCACCGGAAGCACUGAAACAUCCGGCACACAAACACCAAUUCAUUCAUCAGACGAGAAGUUCAUUCAGCACCAGCUAUCAGCUUAUCCUAUUGGCAAUAGCAAUUUCCAGAGGUCUAAUUAUUUCAAUGUCGAACUUCUCAAGGCUGUAAGCGAAGGCAACUCCGAGAACACAAUCAUUUCUCCAUUAAGUGUGAAAUCAGCAUUGACUAUAUUGUCGGAGGGAACAGGUGGGCAGACGAGAGAAGAACUCCUCGCAGCUCUGAGACUACCCUCGGAUCCAGUUCGAAUUCGCGCUAUCUCGAAAGACACUCUAUCACUGCUCCAGGAUAGCAGAAUUGGAUCUGAAAUUACCUUAGCGAAUCGUUUGUGGGUUGGACGAGGGAUUGCACUAUCUGGGGACUACAAUAGUCUGCUCCGUGCUUAUUAUGGUGGAGAUGUGCAGGUGGUUGAUUUCAGUGAUGUCGCGGGAGCCUCGAGAGCCAUUAACGAUUGGGUUCAUCACAUAACAAGGAAUAUCAUCCAAUCAAUCGUUGAUAAUGAGAAAAUUAGUCCGGACACUCAAUUACUCCUGACCUCUGUAAUUUAUUUCAACGGUCGCUGGUUGAAGGCCUUUGAUGCUGAUUCGACGAGGACACGCUGUUUCCAUGUGUCGGACUCUGAAUGUCAAGAAGUUUCGAUGAUGGAAAAUGUUUCUAAGUACAAAUUUGCACACGUACCUAGUCUGGAUGCUCAGGUCGUCGAAAUUCCAUAUGCAGAUGGUAGACUGUCGAUGCUGGCAAUAUUGCCGAACAAGAAAGGUCUCCAGAGUCUCCAAACUCUUUGUAAAGAUCUUGCAUACACUUCAGUAUCAGCCAUCCUCUCGAAUCUUCGAGAGUCAGAGAUUAUUCUUCAAAUACCGAAAUUCAGUAUUGAGAGCAGGAUUGACUUGCGACCUGCACUCGAAUCCUUGGGAAUCAGGGAUAUGUUUGGAUAUAAUGCCAAUAUAACAGGAAUUUUAUCCGGGAGAUCGUCCCAAGUCGGAAGCGUCCUUCACAAUGCUAGGAUUGAGGUGGACGAGGCUGGAACGGUUGCUGCUGCUGCUACAACAAUUUCGGUGGUGCCUUUGAUGGGUUCAACACUUGAUGCGUUCAGAGCAGAUCGUCCCUUCGUCUUCGCAAUUGUAGAUCAACCAACAGGCAGUAUGAUCUUCGCUGGUCGGAUUAUCCACCCGACCCCAGCGUAGUCUCCAUAAUCCCUUCAUUACAUUACUAGAACAAAAUGAGAAUCUUCAACAUUAUUCAACAAAAAACUUUUUUUUUAUUUGGAGGAAUAAAGACGAUGAGAACGGAGAAUAAUGUUCAAGGGCGAAACAAGAACUGAAGUCACAACUUAUAGCAUAUUAAUAUUUUUACACUCGCAUAAAAUAAGUUAAAUACCAGUAGUACUAGAUUUUCUCCGAGGUUCUUCAAACACUUUGAGGUGAAAGAUGAAUAUUGAUGUGACAUAUGUAUUCAAGUUUAAAACAAUGAUUAGUCAUCUGGGAAUAACGGAAGUUAAAUUUUGACACAUGGUAGAUAACACGACGAUGAAUUGUGAUCCGUUUUUCACGGAAAGUGAACAAAAUCGUAUCAAGAAAUACUGGGGGAAUUCCCGAACUCUGAAUGUCUCUAAUGCACUUGGAAACAAGUGAGAAAUUGCUCUUGUAUUGCUAUAGUAUAGUUAUUUUUGGUAAUAAACUAGCAAUAUGCUUUUGAUUGGUUA